AUGGAGCUCACAGAAGCCGCCAUGGAGCGCGUCUUCGCUGUCCUCAAACACGACUGGGUCUACGACUUCUUCUUCGCGAGCCGCCCGCACGAGCUGGACAUGCUGCGCCACGCCGCCACCAAGGGCUCGGCCACCACCGCCGAGCUCGACCUCACCGCCCUGGCCGACGGCGUCCCGCACGAGAACGCCCUGCAAGUCGGCGAGCACCAUCGCCUCCUGCUCAUGCCCUCCUUCACCACAGGCUCCAUCACCGUCGGCUUCGCCGUCAACGAGAAAAUCGCCUCCUCCUCCACCGUCGUCUGCAGCGACAAGUACAUCGGCCGCCUCGCCCGCGACGACGCCACGGGCACCUGCCUCUUCAUCUCGGAGAACUUCAACGAGCACAUCACAGAGGUCUCCUUCUACACGCUGCUAUCUGCCGCCCACCGCGAGCACAUCUUCUCGCUCUUCAAGGCGAAGCCCUUCCACCGCAUCAUCAGCCGCAUGCGCGAACACUUCAACACCUCGGCCCUGCUGCGCCACAUGGUCUACUACUACGUCGCCACCGAGGCCCGCCCGUGCGUGCACUGCGGUGCGGAGACCGCCCACGCCCUGGCCACGUGCAACUGCAAGGUCGUCAUGCCCAGGAAGCUGCACCCGCUGGACACGGACGCCGAGUACAAGAGCCUGCAGUGCUACACAGGCGCGUACUGUGGCGUCGCCACCGUCUCCUUCUUCAAGGCCGGCGCCAGCGUGUUCACGGCAAACCUCACCACCAACAGCGCCACCACCAUCACGGCAGACCCCGACGUGCAGAGGCGCCUGGCCAUCUGGGCCCUGUGUUCCGCCGUCAAGGACUCCCCAAUCAGCCCGCUGACCUUCACCAUGGGAUCCGGCGCAAGCGGGGGGGAGAAGGCCGUUUCCGUACUGGACUCGUUCUUGCUCGCCUCCAUUGCCGAUUCCGUCCUGUCCGAGGGCGCAAAGCGUGCUAACAUGUCGCCAGACUCUGAGCCUACCAGCAUCCGCUUGCUACAGAACGACCCCGACUCUAACCUAGAUCCCGACCAGAUGCCCUCGCCGGACAACGCCACCGCCCCGACUUUGUCGCUGUCAGAGAGCAGCGAGCCCGACUUCCUCGCGUCCCCGCUUUUAUCGCAGAAGGACCCUAUGAUCCCGCAGACCCACGAUUCAGGACCGCACGCCGUCACGACAGACUCGUAUCCAUUCCCGCCAGAGCAGCAGUUUCCGCCAGACCCGGUCGCAUUGACCCAGAUGCCCCAGGUCUUCCAGUACAUGUCGCAACCGCCACAUCCACCUCUUCCUGCCACACUCCUCCCCUCCUCUCUGCAUCAAACACCAAGGCGCUACGCCCCAGGCCAUGACCCAGCCGCGGAAGCGCGGUCGGAGAGAGGCGGCGUGAACGCAAAGCUUGACCGUUCAGGGAGUACGAUCCUAUCGGGCAACUCUAUGGACCAAGGUAUGGGGAAUGCUAUCGCGGCUACGUCUGUCGAACGGCAGUCAGAGCCGGUUCCGCUGGCCCCAAUGCCUUUGAUGCAACCUAUGGCACGUUUUAUUCUCCCUUCACAGUCGCUGGCAGCCGCAGCGAUGUCAGGAGGCGUGAGCAAGAUUCUAGGGGAUGACUUGGAUGAGCGAAGAAAAAAGGCUGAACUCAGAAAAGCCCGGAAUAGGGAAAGUGCGCAACGCAGCAAUCACAAGCGCAAGUUGCGGAUACAGGCCCUCAAGGCCGACAUUGCAGAGGCUAUGAGGAUUGAAAAGAACCUCAGAGCGACGGAAAAGAGGCUCCGGGAAGAGAAUCGAUCCCUGCGUUUAACGGCUUCGAACUAGCAAGUCGCAAGCCACUGACAGUAAAGCGGUGAGCGAGAGGCAAACAGGGUUUGCUUUGUCGUGCUUUGUCGUGCUUUGUACAUACAAACUGUUAUGUUUGCCAACUGCGUGGGCUCUUUUCUCUGCUCUACGAUACGGUAUCAAGAAAUUCUGGCGCCUUAUGCUUGGAUGGUGAUCUUUGAGACGGAGCAUGUUUAGAGAUGCGAGCGGGGCGCGUAGACACGGACACUCUUGCUUUUGCGCGUAUCGUAUGAUACUUGUUGACAAGUUGACAUCAAGCAGCGAUGGUGCAACGGUCAAUUGCGUGCAUCCGUACGUAAAAAAGACUUAAAUUCAGUCAGUAUUCGAGGACUGAGAUAUAAUUUAUUGAUUCAAGUCGAUCACAUUAAUGUGAACACUAUUUUAAGAGGUGCUAGUGUCUAUCCGCCCAAGCGUUAUCAUAACAUAAAAAUCUGCGAAUUUUAUUUCUUUUCAACU